CUAAACACCAUGGAGGCGCUACAGUAAAUACGUUGUUGCCAAACUUUAUGCUCAUUUGUGAUGCGAAAUUACGAUCAAGACAGUUUUUAAAAGGAAACAUGAUGUUUCGGAGGUCCAAGAAAUAUUUAAAUGUAUACUACGAUGGUGGGAAAACAGUUAUUUAUGCGGUUUUCGUAAUCCGAGUUUAGUGCGUUGUGGAAUAUGCGACGAGUAGCUACUGUGUUACGCAGUUCCGCAUGAUGCCAUCAAGAAAAUUAAUGCUUAACUCGACUGGAAGUUGUUUCCUACGUUUAUGAACUUCUAAACAGCGUUUAGAUAUUGCAUAUGUACUUUUUUCCAGAUCUAGGCCUCGAAUUUAACGAGAGGAAGAUGUAAUUCGCAUUUUUACUUGGUAGCGUGUACAUGUGGCAACAGAGCAAUCCUUUUCCUGUUGGGUGCUCCGCCACUUCCUAGUCAAAAGAAUUUCUUCGGGUACAAACAAAAAUAUAUUUAUACCCGUUUAAAGUUAAAAAUCAGUGCCUAUGUGGGAGUACGGAUCAAAUGGUUUCCCAGCGGCGACGUUCAUCCGGUCCGAUGUGUUUUAAAGAAAGUUCCCCGAGUGUAAAUAUUUCUUAACGCGGUAGCAAGCGUCACAUUAUACACAACUUGUGGGCCUGUGUUAAAAUUGACUUGCCUGACUACACUUUUUUGAUCGUAUUUCACGCACUUGUAAAUAUUGUUUUUUGUGGAAUUAUAUGGACUGCUAUUGUGAAUAUUUACUAGGGCGACUGAUUUUUCACUUAGAAAUUGCAGUUGUGGCACCAAAAGUGUUCAAACGAAUUUACGUAUAAAAAGACUGGCUGGCCUACUACUUUAAAGUUAAGUUCCUUUUAUAUUAUAGGUUCUUAAGCUGGCUACUGUUACGCACGGAAGGCAUACUAACAGCUACUGUGUACUAGGCUGAUGCAGGCUCCCUCUCACUUGGUAUUCAUGUGGUAUUUAUGCUAUCGAAAUAUCCUGUUCCUUAGGAAGAUAACUUGACAAUAGAGAUCCAAGAAACACGCAAGAGAAAGGAGGAAGUAAACUAUUGCUAAUGGUACGUCGACGAUAUCGUGGUCAUCCUCCUAGUAAUAAAAUGGAGGAGCCAGCGAAGAAGAAACAACGUGUUGAAAACGGGGACGAUGAAGAUGAUGGAAUCACAGAAAUGGAACGAUUUCAAAACAGUCUGCUAGCACGGUGUUUAUGUAACAUUCCAGAGAGCAGUCUACGCAAGCCAUUUACUGCAAUGACUGUUCAAGCAGCAAGUGGUGGGUUUCGCACGGCAACGAUAUCCGAAUGGGAGCCGGACAAAACUUUAGAAUUUAUAAGUGCUUUACAACUCCUCUUUGAUCUUGCUAUUAAGCAGAACACAAGAGGAAUCAUGUGUAGCAGGGUCGCAGAUGUAUGCGAAGCCCUGUCUCGUAACGAACACGGGAUCAUAGAUCAAAUAAUCGACCUAUCCUGCACAGCCAACAAGUUCAUAUCAUUCACAGCGAGUAGAGCUCUGGCAGCAUUCUUCAUUGUAACGAAGGAAAACAUUGAAGCAGCUUGGUUAGAGAGAUUAACACAAUCCUUAGUGAAUACUCACUCCCCAAGUCAAAUGCUCUUCACUCUUGAUGUAGUAAAGAGGGUCGUCGAGCAUAAGGACUGCAGUAUCCAUCCUCUUGAGGAAUCAGAUAGUUCUGGCCCGCCACCAAAUUGCAAUACAGUAACAAUUUCUGAUCCUGAAAGCUUGGACAGUACUCCUGUAAAAGCAAUGUGUGUGAAAGCACUGGAGUCCAAGUGGACACUCCUGGUAUCGAAGUUCGAUGCUAUCCUAGGGUCGUACACGCCUCAACACGAAUCUGCCGUCAUCACAUUCUUAGAACUGUGGGAGUCUAUUAUCUCAGUAAAGGCCAACUUAUCUGUCAUCGAUACCAAGCUUUUCUAUUCGCAACUGGACAAUCUCGUAAUGCUCCUAAAUGCGAAUGUUCCUGGAGUUAUUUGGAGACAUCUACUGGGUCUCUUCAAUGAAGUGUUAUGCUACGGUAGUACCCUAGCCUUGCAAGACGUCCUUCCGGACGAACCAUGUUCGCUAGCGCACUUGAUUGUGCGUGCAGUCAAGGACUGGAGAUUACUGGAUGCACUUCCAUACCGUCAUGGCUCAGGAAGGUUUGGCGGAGGUACUGGCGACGGUGAUCGUCCACUCUUACAAAAAGUUAUUCUACUGGUUCUCAAGAGUGUCGCGGUAACGGUCAAGGAGACACGGAGCGACUCGAGCGACUCAUCUCUAGAUUCCGAAGCCGAGGAUCUCGACGCAGAUAUGGCAGUCAUUGAGCGCAGCAUCAGAGAAGUCUUAAGACAACUGGACCAGUGCGUCAAGGCAUUAAUGCCUUUCCAUCCUGAGACCUUACUCGCGCAGUGGGUCGUACAAAUGUUUCUUGAUCAGGAUGACUUCCUCAUUGAAGGCAUGGUUUGUUGUCUGGAUGUUGCUGUUGGUCUCUUCUGCAGAGGACCACCUCAGAAUGAUUUGGGACACAUGCUCAGUCCUACACUGACCUUCAUACAAUUUCUAACAGGUGUCUCCCAUGAUCAUGACGUACUAUUAGAUUAUUUGGUCAGCAAUGAAACCUGCUUUCUUCUCUACUUAUUCAGGUUUCUUAAAUAUGUCAGGCGAAAUUGGACAGAAUUUGUGUCGUGUUGCGGUAGGGAAUUAGAUGAUACCAUGACAGUACUGAUAAGACUCCGGCUAGCAAUAGAUAGACUUGUCUCUAAAGCUUUGUUCCCUUACAAUAUCAUUCCUGUUCUUCGUCUACUGGAAAAGUGCGAAUCCCUUUAUGAGGGUAACGUAGAGAACUGAGACAAAUACCCUAACUUCAAUAAUCACAAAAUAUAAUUUAUCUAACAUUGAGAUUUACCAAGGAUGCCUUAACAAUGAUACUUCGGAAUCGAAUUCAAUAAUUAAAAAAACUUUAAUCAAAACCUAAGCAAUUCGACAUUCACUUACGGUAAGAUUUUCACUAUGUUCCACAAAUUGUAUUCCUUCUAUAUGCAUCCUUGUGAAAAUUGUUUUUAUAAAGGUAAUACGUAUCUUUUUUCUUUGGGAUUCUUUUAUCCCCAUACUUCUCGACUAGGAUAUGAUGGAACAAAAAUCCAAAAUUGCAGAAACAAUUUUACAAAAUUUCGAUCAUAUACGAUUUUUAAAAAUGCUUCGAUCCGGUUGUCUAAAGUUCCAUCAAUCAUAAAUUAUAAGAGUGACUUGUAUCUAUUUCGAUUAUUUAUUAUCUUAGCCAUCGUUUACUUGGGCCAAUGGCCGUAAUUAAAUCCUUAUUUACCUACGUCGCAUACUCAGCUCUGAUCAUGUAAGGACUAUGUACAUUAAGUAGUACAAAAAAUAGUUGCAGACAGCGGACGAUGAGAAAUAAAAAUUAAAAGAAAAAAACCAUAGUGCUAACUCGUUACGGUGCUACGGGAAAUGUGUUUCUGCCAAAGCACCGUUUUGGUUAAAUUUACUUGAGAAUGUACUGCUAGAAUUAAUAUUUAAUUGUUCAUCGCGAUACUGUAUAUAUGACUUAUUAUUUGAUUCUAGUAUAAUUACAAUCGGACGUAAAAUGAAAACGAUGCACUAAGAUUCGUCUACUUGUCUACUAUAAUAAAACAUACAAUUUUCGUAUAUACCGUCUUAUCUAUAUUGAUAACGAUACGCCAAGAAAAACAAUAUUUAUACCGUAGGCCUAGAUAGGAUUUAUAACUCGUAGUCCAAUAUUUCUCAUGGUGCGACGAAAAAAAAAAUAUAUCUUCCAUCGGGCAAGAAAUAAUAAAGUCCGAAGUAGAUUAUUCGUAAACCAUUAAAUUGCACUUAGUACACUGUACUUAAAAAUACCAUUGACUCGCCAUCAUUACAACAUUUACUCUUGCGCGAAGCACGUGUCGAAUUUAUACUGUCAAACUUUGCACGUGCUUCGUUAGAGGGGUAGCUAUCAUUUGACUAAUCGUCAUUACGAUGGAGAUUGUUGAAUUUAGGCGAGGAAAAUAGAUAUUGUUUAUCUAAAUUAUUAUAGUCAUUGAUACAAAUAGGUCAGCGUUAUACCUAAUAAUAUUUAUGGCUAAUUUUGGUAUUUAUCAAAAUUUGAUAUAUAUGAAAAAUUGAUGCAUAGCGUUCCAAGAUGUAUUACUUGAGCGUUAGCUUUGAUUUAAUUUAUCAAUUAAUCUGUCAAAUGAUGGCUACACUUUAUUUAUAUAAUUGAGAUGACGGAUAAUUACCAUAUUCACCAUUGUGGUAUAUAAAUAAUUGUACCUUCAUAACGACCCGUCCAGACGUUGUUUCUACAUCUGCACACAUAAAAUUCUCCUAAUCUGACUAGUUUAUACUCUGUAAAUAUUUAUUGUAAUUGUUAUCAUUAUAAUUCUCGAAUAAGACUACUCGUGUAAUUAUGCAUCUUGUAAUGCAACGAUUUAAAAAUAUUUUUACCUUUUUUGUAA